AUAAUGGUAUUGAAAAUUCAAAAUCAAAUAAAUUAAUAAGUUUCUAUUUUCUUAUAGGGUCAUCUGCAGGAUGUUUUAGACCUACCAAUAAUUCAUUAGAGGGAUCUUCCAUUUUCUCUAUGUUCAAAAACAAUCUUUCUGAUUUUUUAAUGCUUUCUUCUUCAGCACUUUUUUCUUCAAAAACAAGAUCUUCAGACUAUUCUCUAAGAACUGCUUUUCAGUCAUCACUAAUGUCUUUAUUUGCACUUGAAUCUGAGUUGUCUACAGCAAUCCUUUCUUCAUUUUCAUUACCAGUUUCUAAUUCAAUAGCAUUAGAACUUUCUUGUUCAACUUCAAGUUCUUGA